AUGAACACAUUACCGGCCAGCCUCACCACUAAGUCAAACUGUCUUAGUAAAUCAGCUCUCGUCGUCCUCAACAAGAAACAGCGCUGGCUCAGACACUUCAGCGUCGAAGGCUUAGAAAGCACUUUGCACUGCGCCAUCAAUGCUACCCUGAUCUUCGCCCAGGAAGAGGCUGGCACGGCAGUAUGCAUCUCGCGUACAGGCCUGAUCCUCACAUGUGCCCAUUGCAUCGCGGAAGACGCAGAAGAAUUCGCUCAUAUACGGCAGCGCGACGUCUAUCAUCUGUUCGCGUCUGGUUCGGUCGUCAGUGCGCGAUGCAUAGCAUGGGAUGCCACGCGUGAUCUAGCUCUACUGCGGAUCGUAGCGAGCCAGGAUGCCAGCGGCUCCUUCUCCUACGUGUCUCUCGCUACGCAAACUCCAAGAUUGAACGCUCGUCUAGUAUGUGUCGGACAUCCGGGGAGCGAUGAUCUGGAAGUUGGAGUCGAUGGCGCAAAGACUGGAUAUGAUAUACUGCACGUGAGCACAGGACGGUUUCGAGGACUGGCAAAGGGGCAGAGCAUACAUGAUAACAGUGAGAUUGGCGCGCUGAAACACGACUGCUGGACGUACUGGGGCCAUAGCGGUGCACCACUUGUGAAUAGAAAGUCGGGUGAGGUGGUGGGUCUGCAUUCAUCUUGGGACGAAGAGACGGGUAUGAGGAGGGGCAUUGCACUGAAAGCGAUACUGGACUUUCUGCUCGAACAGAGCAUCAAUCUGGAGUAA